CUCGGAGCCCGCAUAUAACAGCUCUAAACUGAGCUUCAUCGGAAAAAUUCACAAACAAUUCACCUUCAGAAUUCAAAUUCAAUAAUGGCGUCAAGAAUCGCUGACUACUGGCUGAGAUCUGCGCGGGCAAAGACAAAGGCUCUGCCGCGAGGGGAGUUCAUGCCGGUGUAUGUGGCACUGGGAAUGAUCUUAGUAUCGACAUCGCUGGGCGCUUAUACGGUUCAAGAGCAGCUCUGCAACUCGCCCUCGGUGCGGGUCAAUAAGAAGAGGAGGGAGAUAGUGGCAGAAGUAGAAGAGCCUGAACGCGUGGCCGAAGAAGCCAAACGCUAUGUCAAACACUCAAUUUUUCGCAAGGUCGCUAACAUGCAGGACUUCGAUGCCGUUCGUGCGGGGAUCUCUGAUCCCACUCGAGAUUUUAAAUCUCCUCGCGUAGAGAGUUUGAAGUCGGUUGGUGUGGAACCGAAGCCGAAUGUUCCCUGAAGUGCGCACUGACGAGGAAGUAGUUUGGUGGCGUGGCUGUAAAUAUUGAUGAAAUUUGCCCCUUUUUUAUUUUCCUAAGUUUGUUGUU